AUGAUGGUACUGUUUCUUUUACUUUCAAGUGCAAAAUCCAGGCUUAUUUCAGCCACCGCCAGGCCAGAAUCUAAACCACAAGACCCAUAUUCAUCCAUUCCAAUGGGAUCAUCACCUGAGGAGUCAAGCAUCUAUGAUGAUGGAUCAUGCUCUGAGUUAGAAAUUGAUGAGUGUUUGACGAGAAGGUCCAUGGUUGAUCAUACAGAUUAUAUCUACACACAAGAUAUAAGUGGACCAUGA